UUCACCAACCACCAACCACCAAGCCAAUACCGCCAAUAUGGGUCGCGUUCGUACCAAGACUGUCAAGAAGUCCGCCAAGGUCAUCAUUGAGCGGUACUACCCCCGUCUCACUCUCGACUUCGAGACCAACAAGCGCAUCUGCGAUGAGAUUGCCAUCAUUGCCUCCAAGCGCCUCCGCAACAAGAUUGCCGGUUACACCACCCACCUGAUGAAGCGUAUUCAGCGUGGACCCGUCCGCGGUAUCUCCUUCAAGCUUCAGGAGGAGGAGCGUGAGCGCAAGGAUCAGUUCGUUCCCGAGGUCUCUGCUCUGGACUUUUCCGAGGCUGGCCAGCUGGAUGUCGACAACGAGACCAAGGACCUGCUCAAGCACCUUGGCUUCGACUCCAUCCCCGUCAACGUCAUCCCCGUCUCUCAGGCUCAGGCCCCUGAGCGUGGCCAGCGCCGCUUCGGUGACCGCCCUCGUCGCGACUAAAAAGCUUCUUUUUUUGUGGAAAAUUGGGUCUCUGGUUUUGCAACAUUUUGCAGGUUGGCGUCUCAGGAUGGUAGUGAGUGUAUAGAUCUCGAAAAAAAGAAAGAUCUUUCACCCCACAAGGUGUCGCCGAUUCUCUGAUUAAUUUCGAGAUGACGCUUGAUUGCCAAAACAAAUCCGUCCCUCUUCUGUUCACUCUGUGAAUGCGGUGACUGGAUAUCAUAUCGUUCAUUGAACUGGGGGUGUUCUUCUGCUAUUGCCCUGUUGCACCUACAUGGUGUAUCUGGAAUAUAUGGAAGAAUAGUACCAAGUCAUGUUACUGAUGGGUAUCUUUAUGCCUAAACCAACGUAAUUUUUUUCCCAAUACAUGCCCAUGACCAAAAUGAUAGCCCAACGCCCGGAUUAUGCAACUUUUGUUAAAUUCCAUCUGGCCACCUUAUAUCUCUGAUUCCUUUUUCUCAGGAAUUUUCGCUUUGUAGCCAUCAACAAGUAGAUGAUCCUCCGAGUUGCCAGCUUCAGCCGGAGGAGCAAACUCAGAAGGCGCCUUGACGUCCUUUUCUUUCAAAGUAACUUUGACCUUGUUGACUGGAGGGCCAAAUUUGUCGUCACCUCUUUCCAUCGCUAGAGCAGCCGAGUCUCGGGCAGCCUGUCGCUGGUCUUCCAACUUGAGCUCCCCUAGCUUGCGAGCAGCUCGAUCAGCUUCCGUCUCGGCCGACAGGUCUUCCUCCAAAAGAUCAAUCUGAAUGUCAGGGAUGCCGGCCCGCUCCCAGGCAGCAGUCUCGUUAAGCUGGACCUUGACAAAGAG